AUAUGCAGUGUCGGGGAUCGAAGCCCAGCCGUCCCCGGUUUCUAUUUUGAAGAGCUUGGUUGCAUCAUUAUCACCCAACUUCUGAUCUCUUCUCGGCACCUGUAACACACUGACCGCUGUCUCCGCCAAGGGCCGCAGGCUGGCUUUUCCUUCGAAGCGCAAUGGCUCCUAAGCCCUCUGUUACUUACUUGUUGCCCUCCAUCGCCUUCUCUUCAGGGUAAGUCUCCACGUUUCCCGUGUUUCGACAUGCAUUCGCGUGCCGUCCUGGUUCAUAUUAGCCUGAAGGCGAUCUCAGCUCGAAUCCUCGUGUCAACCUUGACCCUGGGAGCUCCAGCUGGUAGCAUGUGUCGAUUGCCCCCCUAUCUGACACCUGCGGUGGCGAGCCAGGAGCCCUGGUUUUCCUUGCCGGUUCGCCCGCAAUCUGAGAUCCCGUACGGUACCCUGUACUGUAACCUCCGGUGCAAAUGCCCCCUUCCCGCUCCACCAACCUAGGCGAAAGUCUUGGUCUUGGUCCUGGUCUUGGUCUUGGUCCUGGUCCUGGCCUGUCAUGGAUGCUUUGGAAGUCGCAAGUUCAGCAAGCACGCUCUUUUCGAACCCAGUUUCUGACGUCCCCUUUCCGCAUGUGCCGAUACUGCCUUGCUUCCGACUCCAUUGGUUCAGCAGACCUGUUCUGUGCCGCUUCCGUCCCCGCAUUUUUGGAAAGGUAUGGCGAGCCUCGAUGGAACCGUCGCGUCCACAUUCAGUUGUGGGCUGCUACCCUCCCUCCCCCCUGUUCGGUUGUCAGGGGGGGACGAAGUUCUGCGGUUCGGGGCGCCAACGUGGAGCUGGGAAGACCAGGGGUAGGUGGUGAGUUUUGGCGUUGCUGGCCCCUCGCUGAAAUCUUGUCCACCUUCUACCCACAACACAGCCCAUGGUGGCAAUUUUAUGGGGGUGACUUGCUGUUGCCGCCUCCUUGUCGGGGACUGACUUGUCUUGUCGUCCUUGGACCAUCAAGGAGCUUCGAAUGCCAAUCAUCCAGCAGCCAGACACUCGGUUGUCACCAGUGCCCCAGAUGCCAAUCCACAGCCGACCACUCCGCCUCGCGUCCCUUGGGACCUGUCUGUGGCUCACAAUUUCCGUCCCGUUAUUGCCCACCCACCCAAUCCUUCCCCCCAACAAGGACGCCUGCGUCUCGCCAGCCAAAAAUAUCUACUCGUAGAUGAGCAGUCGGCGGACUCUGCUGCAGUUAAUUACCAGAAUCCUUUGAGGCUCUUCGAGCUGGAGAACCACUUCAAGCUACAUUAACA